UGACGUCAGAGAAAGCAGGGCUUAUAAACUCGGCCAACGGCCUUCAACCGCCUCACUGUUCUUCCGUCUGAGCUACGGGGAACGGUGGCUCUGCCAUGGCUGAACCAUCCUCUGACAACUCUGAAGAAGGCCUGCUCACUGAAGAACCCUGCAGCUCCCUAAUGGAGAUCUCAGAGUUCUCCAAACCAGAGCCCUGUGAUGACGAGCCAAGAAAGGAAAAGAAGACAGCUAAGGGCUGCCGUCGCCGUCGCCGUCGCCGUCGGCACUCCUGCCGUAUGAACAACUUUGCAAGCUUCGCCACCUAUUUCCCUAGAGUGCUGAGGCAAGUACACACAGGACUGAGUCUUUCGCACGAAACUUUAAACAUCAUGGAUUCAUUUGUGAAGGAUAUGUUCGAGCGGAUUGCCGAAGAGGCCGGGCGCCUGACCCGCUCCUGCAAGCGCUGUACCAUCAUGAGUGAGGACAUCCAGACAGCUGUGCGUCUUCUGUUGCCUGGGGAGAUCGGCAAGUAUGCCAUGUACGAGGCCACCAAGUCAGUCAUCAGGUACAACAGCCGUAGAUGAACUGCCUCACAACUAUCUGACUAUCGCAAACCAGACUUAAGGGUUCUCCCCUUAGGCCCUAUAUUGAAUCUUCCAAACAUUUCUACCCCCAAAUGAAAUAUUAAAAUCCUCAUUAACUUUGCUUCAA